UGCAAUAGCCUGCUUAACUGGCAAGCGGUCCCUCGCCACAUUAAAAAAUACAACAAUGUAUUCAAACAUGUGUGUGAAGAUCGCUCUGUGCCUGGCGCUGAUCGUCAGCAUCGACGGCUACGUGUUGAAGCACCGCACCGUGCCUCUACCAUCAGAAGGCCUCAUGCUCGAGGUAGCAGUGAGAGACAAGAACGACCCACGUCACCCUAUUUCUACAAUGAAGAUUGAUAUCAACGAGGAGGACCACAAAGUUGAGAUUUCAAUGGCCGAAGUUCCAGAAGUACUGUCGAAGGAUUCGAACGAGGUUGUACCAGUCAUUGAAGACCGUAACGGAGUGAACGUCGGAACCUGUGCUGCUGGUUUCACACGAGUUGGAAUGGCUUGUGUUCCUAUUGACUAUUAAACUUCGAAUCAUUUUAACGAAAACUGAAAAUCUGUGAUAUUUUGUGCUUCUUUUUUUAUUAAUAAAGCUUCAUUGGUUAUAUA